CUUCUGUUACGAAGUCGCAAAAGAGCAAACCGCUCGCUUUAUCAGCGGCGCAGCGGUAGAAAGUUGGUCUUGUCCCGUACUAGAGCUUGGUGAAGAGUGAACAAAAUAUUCACAGGUAUCAGUGUUCUGUCUUUGUGUACCUGGCCCGAAAGAGGCACUAGAAUUGGAGUGACUUCGUUUCGGAAAAGGGAUCGAAACUCGGAAGGGGAGUGUCGAUAACACUUGGUCUGACCGAUGAUCGUUUGGUUGAUCACAUUCCCGUGUGUACGUGGAGAAUUUGAAAACCUCAAUAGGACAGUCACCUGCAGGCGGCGAGAGGACAUGCUGGAGGUUUUAUUGUGACACGAACAACAACCGUGAAAAACAAUGGCUGAAGUGGCUCUCAGUGUGUGUGACGCCAGGUGAGGGAGCAGCAAGGGGAGAGAGAGAGCCCUACAGGGCAGCCAUGCUACUGAAAGAGUUGGAGGCGGAGGCUGAUGAUGCGUUGGUAUAUUGUCGGUAAGAUGGCUGCUCAGAAGCAGUUUCUGCUGGGAAUACUGGUGGGCCUGACUGUGGCCUUCGUGAUUUCCGGCUAUCACAUGCUGUCCCAGACCGUCGUUCGAAUGGAACCACAUGUCCACCCAAACUUCGUGGGCAGGCCGUCAGGCGUUAUCGGCGAUGAAGCAUUCCAAAGGGAUGACCACGAGGCCUGGGACAGAAGCAUCGAAAGGCAAGGGCCCGGCAUCAUGCUGGAUAUCCACGAUGAACAUGCACAUCACGACGACGUGUCGGAAGCGCGGCGGCUGGCGAAGGAGGUGCGCGUGCUGGUGUGGGUGAUGACGGCGCCCAAGAAUCUGCAGAACAAGGCGCGUGUGGUGCGUGACACGUGGGGCAAGCGCAGCAACAAGUUGCUCUUUUUCAGCUCCGAGACGGACAAGAACUUCCCCACCAUCGGCCUCAACGUCAGCGAGGGCCGCGAGCACCUGACGGCCAAGACUAUGAACGGCUUCCGGUACGUCUACGAGCACCACUUGGACGACGCCGACUGGUUCAUGAAGGUGGACGAUGACACGUACGUGAUAGUGGAGAACCUGCGCUACUUCCUGUCCAACGAGGACACGAGGGAGCCGGUGUGGUUCGGCCAUCACUUCAAGACCAUCGUCAAGCAGGGCUACUACAGCGGGGGCGGCGGCUACGUGUUGAGCAAGGAAGCGCUCAAGCGCUUAUACGAGAAAGGUUCUGACCCGAAUGUCUGUCGCCAAGAUGGCGGCGCGGAGGACGCAGAACUGGGCAGGUGCAUGGAGACGCUUGGGGUUCGAACCUCCAACACUUCCGACGUCAUGGGCCGUAGUCGCUUCCACUGCUUUGACCCCGAGACGUUCCUGUUUGGCGGCUAUCCCGAUUGGUACUACCAGUACGAUACAAACGGCGCACGGAAGGGUAUCGGCACGAUGAGCGACUACUCCAUCACCUUCCACUACGUGUCACCUGAGAAGAUGCAGGCCUUGGAGUUCUACAUCUACCAUCUCAACCCGUACGGCAUCAUCAACGGCAGACAGAAUCUAAACAGAGCUCCAUUCAAGAGCCAGAAAGUGCAGCCAACUAGGAGAUAGGACUCUUUGAGCCACACAUAUAUAUAUAUACAACCUUUGACCUCAGAUCACCUGCCCCUUUCCCAGAAAGAAAGUGAUUUUUCAAGGAGGAUGUUUUCUGUUGCGGUACAUGAGCGCUGCUAGACAAGACAGGCGUUGAGUGAAACUAGUGAGGGUCUUUCAAAGGUGUUAUUUGUGUCUACAAGGCUUUGCAUGUUUGGGGAGGGUGAUUGUGAAUCAGUUUGCAUCUACCCUCAGUGACCAAGAUAGGAGGGAGAGACAGGCAGCGGAAGACGGAGUAAGUGUUGCGGUUUAUGUACUUAACUGUGAGAACGUAUGGGACGCCUGUUACCGGUCUUUUUACCUGGCUUAAAGACUAAGGGCUCGCCAGUGUUUUGGGGCUGCUUCAAAGUGUGUUACCUCAGUAUCACUACAUCGUCUACAUGCUAAUUAUACCUGUCGCUGUCGUCUUUCACAUGUUGAGCUUUGCGCGGGAUCUGCUUCACUGUCCCCUCACUUCUCAUUCCCCACCCCACCCCAUCCCCUGUCUUCCAGGUUGCAAUUUAAAGGUGUGUACUAUGUAUUUGUUGUGAAUUAUUCACACACCUCCUUAUUUAUCUUUCUCUUCGCACGAUAGUGUAGCCGUAUGGAGUCCGCACAAAAUUGUAAGCAGAGCAAAGGUGGAGGUAGGACGUUUGUUGAUGAUAGUAACGCAUUUUUCGAAGACGUUUUAUCAUCAAACGUUACGAUACUUCCCUUCCCCCCACCCUCCUCGAAGAAAGUCAGUAUAGUUGAUGAAUCUUGAAUGCAAGUCAUAAAAUUUGGAAAAAAAUUCAAGUACUAUUUUUAAAAAUAAAUUCUUUAAUUAACUCCAUUUUCAAUCUUGUAGAUCAGAAAAGGUUUUCUUUUACCUGCUUCUCUUUGCCAUCUUGCAAUUGGUAAGCUUUUAACGUGAAACAUUUUCAUUUCAACUGUGUUUCAGUAUGUUGUUUUCACCGUGUUGAGCAUUACAAGUUUUAUAUAUAUAUAGAACUAUAUUUAUGACUAAACCAUCUUACUGACUAUGUGUCACGUACUUAAAGCUGCUUUCCUUUCACUCUGUGCCCACCUUAAACUUGAGAUACCAAAAGGUGAUAAGUAGAGAGUGUGUGUGUGUGUCUUCUAGCGAUAAUCUCGACUAAGGUCAAGAUCACCUGUUAAAUUAAAAAAAUGUUUAACAUUCCUAAGCGCUGCACGAAAAAAGGUCGCGAUUUUAAAACUGCUUCUCGGGUCGUUGAGCAGGGAGCCACGAGCCACGAAGUUCCAUUGUCUAGCCUCACUUUUUUUUUUUUAAUGGCUAGGAUGACGGAAAGAAUGAAAGAGAAGAGGAAGGAAUCGGGUGAGAUAAGGUAUGAAUAAGAUAAGGGUGAAUUUUAGGGAUGGGGAGUUUGGAGGUGCAAUCUUGGGGCCUUUUACCUUCCAACAGCAGGUUCUCAACUGUUUUAGGUCACCACCCUUCAACCUUCGUCCAUCCACACUUGAGCGGUUGACACAAAUGGUGGACGAGGAGCAAUAAAGAAAGGUUUGGUGGUGAAGUGAUGGAGUUGUGUGCUCGUUGAAAAAUGUUUAUUUUUGGGGAGGACCAAUUGAGAGAAAGCGAGAGAGGUGCUUUUUUAACAAGCUCAUUUUGCCUACCGUGGAAACAAGUGGUUAGUACGUUGCUUGUGGUUUUUUUUUAAAAUUCCAGUAGGAAGAGCAGCAGCCUCCGUAUGUUGAUGAGAAAUGUUUGGGGGUUUUUCCCCCUCGAAGCUGAGUGUAUCUGGAAGUGAAUCAAAACACACAGGAUAGACAGAUAUUGCGAAAAUUUACGAACCAACCUGAGGGUCGCCCGGGCACAAACCAAACCACUAAUCUAUUGAACUUUUCAUGUCCGAAUUGAUUUCUGCGUCCUGUAAUUGUUAUGGUGGAGGUUUUUUAUUCACUUUUUGAUGGGAUUUUGUUUGGUUUCUGUUUCGUUGAAUAGAUUUCUGUAAAUACGAAUAUACAGAAGGGUGGAGGGGGCUGGUGUAUAUUCUACCCUCUUGCAUGUCUUUCUCAGACCCAGACAAAAGUUUCAGUAAAUGUGUUUGGCGCAAGGACACGACCUUGUCCUUUUUUGCACAAACACUGUUGUCUCCUCAACAAAAAGAUCGAGUUCACAUUUUUGGUUUAGCGGGAGUUUAUAAAAGGUGCAUAAAAGCUGUGCCCUCGCACAAUUAGGAUUUGGUCAGCGUUGGGCUUAUUAUCCAUUACGCAUGCGCAGACGAUAAGGGGCGUGCGGGGUGGGACUCCCAGGAUCACGUGACCCGUGCCUGCAGACCGUUACAAAAGUGGUUUGUGUCUGGACUUCGUUAUUGUUUCAAUAAAUUGGUUAGUCUGACGAUCUCUCACCGUGAUAAACCUUCGUGUGUGGCACAACGUGAACAAUUAACCAACCAACCAUCCUGGAGGUGUUUGGUUUUUUUUUUUCUUUUUAACCCUUCCCUGCGAGAAAAUGUUUACGAAGACUGUCAAUAAUGGAAGAUAAUUAUAUUGACAGUUACGUUUGAAAUGAUGGUAAUGAUAAUGGUCGACUCAAGCGCAGACUUAUUUUGAAGGAACCUGUAAAUAAUGUUGCCACUGUACUUUGUACUCUGUUGAAAGUUGCAUUAAAUUGUUCUUACUUCGCCCCUCCGCCCCAAACACACACUUUCCCAUCCCACCCACCCCUUGUUUUGGAUAACCUUGUAUGUGUGAGUGUGAGAGAGUUUUAGGUCUCGGCUUACAAUUUGUGUUACAGUUGGUUUUUCUCCUUGAUAUCACUCGGCCCUUGUCAGUCUAGUCAAGGGAAUCACGUUGACAAGCGUAAAAUUCAGAGGACAUCUAAUUAUAUACUGUGCACGUUGUAAAGCCAGUGGCUUAAAAUUGUCGGGGUGCACCAACAUUUUUAAUUGUUUUGCCAUAUUUUGUGCGUUGAUAUGCUGAUAUAUGUGAGUGAGAGAGAGAAGAAGAAGGAAAGGCGUACCAAGCUUCAUUUUAAUCAGGUUACUGUGGCAUUGUUUUCAGAUUAACUUGAGGAAACUGUGAUCGAUGUGCAUGAUCAUCAGACUGGUCAUUAUUUCAGUGGGGGGCGUACUGUCCUGCCUAAUCUUGCCUAUAACAAUACCGGCCUCUAAAAAUGUUUUUAUUUUUGAAGCACCCUCGAUUUUUUUCCCCUUUUGCUUUAGUAACGAAAUGCUUCAUUCAGUAUGUGCCUUACAAAUCUUAAAGACUGUUUUUCGGUUAAGUAUUCAAGCCUUCUGCAGCCACGAUCUUGUUACACUGCUCAUGUAGUAUCUGAUGUUAGACUAUUUAUAUCCAGUUUCGCUACAAAAGUGUGUAGUGCGUUCUGAUUCAUACUGGUUUUUACUUGCGCAGCCUCCGGUAUCAUCGUUGUCAGCAGCAACGGCACACCAUUGCUCUGAGCGUUUUGACUGGCUCCUUAACUGCCGAUGUAACGAUGUGAAAUACAUUAUUUUCUGUACAGAUGAUUAUCAUCCCAUUCACGUUUUCCCUCGGCGUUCUUCUACUUUGAAGUGAUUUUUGCUUUUCGCAAAAUUAUUUCUUAGGUAGGUCUGCAUUUCCAUCUAUGAACAACUUGUUUCGGAAUAUAAAACAAAAGCGCGUGUAAAGUAAGGCCCUGUAAGUAUUUAUAAGGAGGACGCUCCUGGAAAGUGGAUCAGAGUCUAUUAAUGGUAUAAGGAUGUGAAAGCUCCAUCUUUUAUAUAUAUACUUAGCACACUGCUAGUCCUGCUGUGCAUAUGAUGUGUCACCUGGAACAUUUCACCCUGUAGUCUGUGUCGUUGUGUCACGCAGCACUGUAACUAGUGUCUUCUUGUGUCAGCAUACUUCACUCCUGUAAUUCACAUCUGCUCAUCACUCAUGCAGUUUACUUCAUCCAUGAUUUUUGAAGGUGAUAUGAAUGACUUGGAAGAAAUUAAUCUAAUAAAUUGUUUCUUUAA